UUUAUUUAUUCAUUUCAAAAUUCAGUCACACAUACAUUAUUUCAAGCAAAUCUUUUAUUAAUUAAGUUAUUUUUCUAAAUCAAACAACAAUUAUUAAGUUAAGAAAUCAUGGCUGAUCCUAAAUACGAGAAUCUUCCGGGUAUAGCAUACGACCAGCCUGAUGUAUAUGAAACAGGAGAUCUACCAGAAGCAGAUCAGUCAGAGCCCGGCGAGGAGGAAGAAAACGAAUGCAUCGAACAAUUACAUUUGUCUGUAAAGGAUUCGUUUAACAAAUUUAAAGGGAAAUUUCUGACUGGAAACGUAGAUUUCUCAGAUCGUCUAAGUCGAAAAACAAGGAUUGGGUAUAGAGCUGGAGAAUGGGAAUUGGCAGCCGAGGGUGAACCUGAAACACUGCUGGAGCGGUACAACAGACUCCGCUGCGAGUUCUCUGAACUUUUAGAAGAAGUAGCUGAGCAGCAGAAUAAAGCUAGUGAAAGUGAGAAGGAUGAGUUUACAAAACUGGCAACCCAAAUCAAUUCCACAAAGAAAUUACUUGAAGAACUUAAAUUGGAGGAGGGAGAGCAAAUUGACCCUAAAGCUGAGAAACUUAAAGAAUAUUUGACUGCCAAUGGCAAGAAGAAAGGUGAAAUAGUAACCACACAUUUAAAACUGAAACCUGAGGUGAAUUUGGCACAGACAACGAGAAUCGCUCAACUUGAACACAGAUUACAUAAGUUGGAACAAGCCGCAGGAGUGAGAGAUGAAGAGGCGUUCCGGAAGCUGCAAGCUGUCACAGGACAGGCGACGGUAACGGGCGCGGCUGCGGAGCUAGCGGCGCGGGCGGCGCUGCUGCGUGGCGGAGAGUUGGCAGCGGCGGAGGCCCGCGUGGCCGCGCUACUAUCCGCCGUCGAUACCCUCAAGGCUGCAGUCAGACCCAAUGACCCGGAACUCGACGCCAAGGUCAACGAAUUAUACAAACUAUUGAAGCAAAUAGACGGUGUAUCACAUUCUGAGAUUUUGGAGCGGAUGGAAGCAUUGGAGGCUCUACAUAAUCAAGCAAGCAACUUUGGGAAGUCACUCACCGAAUUGGAAACAUUGCAAAGCACAAUAGCAAGUGGUGUACAAAACAACAAGGAACUAUUACAAGGUGUUCAAGAAGUAUUCGCUCACAAUGUGGACAGUCUGCAGAAGGAGAUCAAGAAGUUAGACGAGAGAAUCGUCAAGCUUGUAGCAGCGUGAUGUAACCAAGGUCUUAUUACGUCUAUAGUUAUCAACAAAGAACUAAAAUAGUCUGCCCACUGCAAUGGAUGUUUAAAGUUUGUAUUUUUGUAUAGUCAUACAAGUAGUGCUAUCUCUUUCUUUCAUAUGACCAUCUCAACAGGGUUAGAUACUAUUCAUGAAGCUGUACAGGUCUUAAGAAAUGUAGCUAAGCUCUGCUUCUAAUAUAUUAAAUGUAAAAGUGUAUUACAUUUGUACUAAUACAAACACACUACACUAUGUACAUUUCUAGAAAUGCGAAAAAAAGAAUCAAAUAUUCAUAUUCAAUUAUUAUUCUUUGAAUAUUCCAUUAUUCGCAUAGAUUUUUUUAAUAUUUUAAACAUCGCUUAUUUAAUAUUCAAUUAUUUUUCACAGACGAUGCUUAGAACCAGAUCUAAAAUUAGGAUUUUAGGAAAAUAUUUG